AUGUGGUCGGUGGAGUACGACUUGGGUUUGGAAGAAAGUUUGACUAGAGAUGAGUUGUCAGUACUUCAUCAGUUUUAUGAAAGAAUGCUCAGUUGUCCACUUGAUAUAUGCCGAUCGAAACGUUAUCUUGUCCGUUGGCUGCGCGCUCGCAGUUGGGAUGUUGAUGAAGCAGAAAAAAUGUUGUAUUCUCACAUAAAAUGGAGAGAUGUUCAGAAGGUUGAUACAUUACUUGAUUGCUAUGAAAUCCCAGACGUUAUACAGAAAUACUUUCCCGGUGGAUUUUGUGGUGAAGAUAAAGAAGGCUGUCCAUUGUUCUGUGCUCCUGUUGGUCGAUUCGACCCAGGUGGUUUUAUGAAAGCCACUACACACGCAGAGUUUAUUCAAAGUAGAAUUUAUUUUAUGGAAUAUAUCAUACAGAGAGUUUUUUAUGAGAAGUCAAAAGAACAUAAUCGUUGUAUUGACCAGCUGACACUUAUAUUAGACAUGAAACAUUUAAGUUUGAAACAUAUGCAUCCAUCUUGGAUCCCCGUAUUUUCGGAAAUGAUGACAAUAAUGGAAGCAAAUUAUCCUGAGUUUUUACGCAUUUGUUAUGUGAUUAAUGCUCCACCAAUAUUUGGAACUAUAUUCAACUUCAUUAAACCUCUGUUAAGUAAACUUACACAGGAAAAAAUCCAUGUAUUAAAAUCGGACUAUCGUGCUACUUUACUCCAACUAUCAGAUGAUAAGCCGUCUGUGCCCAAACAGUCCGAAGUAUCUGAAGAAGUGAAACGUUUUACAGAUUGCGGCCGGGAUUUGACUAUGGUUGAAGUUGGUCCAGCUUCACGUAAAGAUAUUUCCAUUGGAAUGGUCGAUGUAGGUGAUGAGAUUAAAUGGUGGCUUUCAUGUGAAACGCAUGACAUUGCAGUUGGUGUGUUCAUGAAAAAUUGUAUUACAAAUGAUGAAAAAGUUACAAGUGAUCCAAGUAAAAGUUCAGAUACCUAUAUCGAAAUGAUCCCAAUGAAACGUGUAUCAUCACAUGAAAAAAUUGUUCAAGGAACUCUCAGUGUUGAAAACUCGGGUGUAUACAUCCUUGUCUUAGAUAAUACUUACAGUUGGACAAAAUCAAAACGCUUAUGGUAUCACUUAAGUGUCACUGACAGAGUAGAGGAUAAUAAAAACGGUUGUACAAUGUCAAUGCCUUCACCAAUAGAAUCUUUGAAUUCUAAUUAUAAACAACUCACUGAUACACCUGUUAGUGAUAUAACCGUGAUACCAAUUCCAGAAGAGAAUUAUUAUGCUUGUCGUAUGGAGACUGGUGGAAGUAUGGAUUUAAAUGUUAGUAUUUUAUUCCGCUUUCUUGUACAAAUACUUAUUCUACCAAAAAUUAAACAACGUCCCAAUUAAACUGGUGAAAUCAAUGAAGUGCACACAUAUAUACACAAAUACACACAACGUUCUAAAAUCAAUGAGAAAAAAACAAGCCUAACGAAUUUAUUACAACUAAUUGGUUAGGUCAAAUCACUACCAUUU